AUGCGUCUUCUUUAUGUAUUUAGCUUAUGGGCUGCCUCCCUCAUCGCCUUGGCCAGCCCUUGUAAGACGGAUGAAGACUGCAGCCUGAACGGCAUCUGCACACGAUCACGCAAACCCCAAUCCAAUACAAAGGGGCACGCCAAAGUCUGUCUUUGUGAUCCUGGCUGGAUUGGUGACGAUUGCGGUCGGCUCGACCUUGCCCCUGCAACACGAUACACUGGCUACAACAACACUUAUGAGCCUCCAGGUCCCGAUGACUUCAACAUCUGGCCCAAUGCUUCCUGGGGUGGUCGAAUCGUUCAAGAUCGUGACAACGCUUCCAUCUUCCACCUCAUAACGGUCCAGUUCACACGUGGCUGUGGACUCAGGGGUUGGCGACCUCACUCCUAUAUCAUCCGCGCCGAGUCACACGACGGCCCUCAAGGUCCAUAUCACUACGCCGAUGGGAUAUCUCCCAACUUUCGUCACAACCCAGACGUUGUCUAUAGCCCGGCAGACGAUAAAUAUCUGCUGUACGCCAUAGGUGUCGACUAUGACAAAGAGUACACAAAGUGCGAGAGCAUCAGCUAUACGAGAUGGCCAAACAACAUCUCCGUUUCCACCGCAGACGAUAUUCGCGGUCCUUGGUCUCCUUUCGAGGUAGUUGUCAAUAGCGACCGCCCAGCCGGCAUUCACGCAACAAACCCCUCAGCCUUUCCCCUUUGGACGCCUAAAAACCCCACAAGCGAGAUUGUUCUCGGCAUGAAAGACUACUCCAUCUUUACAGCCAAGUCGUGGGAUGGUGACUACAACCUCAAAUACCAAUCAACAUGGAACGUGUCGGAGCGGGAGAACCCCUGGUGGACCGAAGAUCCCUUCUUUUGGCGUGACAAGCGCGGAAACUGGCACUCGAUCAACCACUGGCUGAUAGACUACGUCGAGCACGACGGGCAACAGUGGCCGCGAGUUGGAUCCCAUCUCUUUUCUCGCAAGCUAACAGGGCCGUGGCAUUUCAAGCUCCAGGAGGCGUUCAGUUCCAACGUCACAUUUACGGAUGGCUCAUGGCAGGUUUUUAAGCGCAGAGAGAGGCCCAAGUUAUUCUUCAGUGAUGAUGGAGAGAUGACACCGCUGUACAUGACGAAUGGGGUCCAGGAGAUGAAUCAGACGGGGGCGGCGUUCACGCUGAUUCAACCGAUUGGAAAGAAAUGGAAGAAGUUUGAAGAGAGUUUGGGCUUUAGAAAGGGUAGCAGUUGA